AUGGCAAAGCUUCUUCUCCUCACAGGUCUGGCCCUUCUGCUGAAUGCUCAGCUAGGCUCUGCCUACCAGCUGAUAUGCUACUUCACCAACUGGGCUCAGUACCGGCCAGGCCUGGGGCGCUUCACGCCCGAGGACCUCGACCCCUGCCUCUGUACUCACCUGAUCUACGCCUUCGCGGGCAUGCGCAACAACGAGAUCACCACCAUUGAAUGGAAUGAUGUGACCCUCUACCAGGCUUUCAACGGCCUGAAGAGCAAGAACAGCCAGCUGAAAACGCUCCUGGCCAUCGGCGGCUGGAACUUCGGAACUGCCCCUUUCACUGCCAUGGUGUCCUCUCCUGAGAACCGCCAGACCUUCAUCGCCUCGGUCAUCAAAUUCCUGCGCCAGUACGACUUCGACGGGCUGGACUUUGACUGGGAGUACCCUGGCUCUCGGGGGAGCCCGCCCCAGGACAAGCACCUCUUCACUGUCCUGGUCCAGGAAAUGCGUGAAGCUUUUGAGCAGGAGGCCAAGCAGGUCAACAAGCCCAGGCUGAUGGUCACUGCUGCAGUCGCUGGUGGCAUCUCCAACAUCCAGGCUGGCUAUGAGAUCCCGCAGCUGUCCCAGUACCUGGACUUCAUCCAUGUUAUGUCCUAUGACCUCCAUGGCUCCUGGGAGGGCUACACUGGAGAGAACAGCCCCCUCUACAAAUACCCAACCGACACUGGCAGCAAUGCCUACCUCAAUGUGGAUUACAUCAUGAACUAUUGGAAGGACAACGGGGCCCCAGCUGAGAAGCUCAUCGUUGGAUUCCCAACCUACGGUCACACCUACAUCCUGAGCAACCCCUCCGACCAUGGAAUCGGGGCUCCUAUCACUGGCCCUGGCCCUGCUGGGCCCUACACCAGGCAGUCUGGGUUCUGGGCCUACUACGAGAUCUGCCCCUUCCUGAAGAAUGGCGCCACGGAAGUGUGGGAGGCUGCUCAGGAAGUCCCCUACGCUUACAAGGGCAACGAGUGGCUUGGCUACGACGACACCAAGAGCUUCAAAAUCAAGGCUGACUGGCUGAAGAAGAACAACUUUGGAGGCGCCAUGGUCUGGGCCAUCGAUCUGGAUGACUUCACGGGCACUUUCUGCAACCAGGGCAAAUUCCCCCUGACCACCGCCCUGAAGGAUGCCCUGGACCUGCAGAGCGGAAGUUGCACUGCCCCCUCUCCGCCCGUUACACCAACAACUCUUCCUCCCACCAGUGGGAGCGGGAGCGGGGGCGGAAGUGGAAGUGGAAGUGGGAGCGGAAGUGGGGGCUCUGGCUUCUGUGCUGACAAGGCCGAUGGCCUCUACCCUGUGGCAGACAACAGAAAUGCCUUCUGGCACUGCAUAAAUGGGAUCACGUACCAGCAGAACUGCCAGGCCGGGCUUGUCUUUGACCCCAGCUGUUCUUGCUGCAACUGGCCAUGA